AUGUCUUCUGCUGCUGCGUCUUUAAAACCUUUUACAAGUGCCUUUUCAUAUACAAUACGAGCAAUCUGUUUUCUUCAUAUUACCCAUAGCUAUAUCUAUGAAUUUACUGAAACAAGAGGUGAAUCGAUGUUACCUACUUUAGCUGCAGAAAACGAUUAUGUGCAUGCUAUAAAGAAGUAUAAAGAUGGUAAAGGAUGCCAGAUUGGUGAUUGUAUAGUAGCAGCAAAACCUACUGAUCCAAGCCAUCGAGUUUGCAAGAGAAUAACAGGUAUGCCUGGAGAUUAUAUAUUGAUUGAUCCAAGUUUGAAUGCUAUUCGUGAAGGUACGGAUUUGGAUGAACCAUUUGAAUCAUAUAUUCAAGUUCCAGACGGUCAUGUUUGGGUUACUGGUGAUAACCUCUCUCAUUCUCUCGAUUCAAGGACAUACAAUUCAAUUCCGAUGGGCUUAAUAAAAGGUAAAAUCGUUGCAGCAAAUGAUUUCAACAAACCCUUUUGGAACGGUUCAUUAACUAACAUUUUAGGUUUCAGGUGGAUUAAAAACAUAUAUGUUGAAGAAAGUAACGAUAAUUAA